CUCCCGCCGCGCCGCCGCCGCCUCCCUGCCCGCCGCGCUCCGGCUCCGGCUCCGGCUCCGGCUCCAGCAGCCCUCCGAGCAUCCCGCAUCGCGGCCGGGCGGCCGCCCGCCCCGGCCCCCGCUCCAGGGCGGCCGCCCCCCACCAUGAUGGACCUCAAGGCGGAGGAGGAGGAGGUGGGCGGCGGGCGGCCCGCGAGCCUCCAGGCCUUCGCCAGCAGCUCCACCCUGCACGGCCUGGCGCACAUCUUCUCCUACGAGCGGCUGCCGGUGAAGCGCGGCGUCUGGGCGCUCUGCUUCCUGGGCUCGCUGGCGCUGCUGGCCCUCGUCUGCACCAACCGCAUCCAGUACUACUUCCUCUACCCCCACGUCACCAAGCUGGACGAGGUGGCGGCCACCCGGCUCACCUUCCCCGCCGUCACCUUCUGCAACCUCAACGAGUUCCGCUUCAGCCGGGUGACGAAGAACGACCUGUACCACGCCGGCGAGCUGCUCGCCCUGCUCAAUAACAGGUACGAGAUCCCGGACACGCAGACGGCCGACGAGCGGCAGCUGGAGAUCCUGCAGGACAAGGCCAAUUUCCGCAACUUCAAGCCCAAACCCUUCAACAUGCUGGAGUUUUACGACCGGGCCGGCCACGACAUCCGGGAGAUGCUGCUCUCCUGCUUCUUCCGCGGGGAGCAGUGCAGCCCCGAGGACUUCAAAGUGGUGGCCGACCGCAUCGCCUACUACCUGGAGUACCACCACGUCACGCUGCUGCGGGAGGAGGAGAGCCCCGCCAUGACCUUCCCCGCCGUCACCUUCUGCAACGUCAACCGCGCGCGCCUCUCGCAGCUCAGCCCCGGCGACCUGCUCUACCUGGCGCCCCUGGUCGCCUACGAGCCGGCCGCGGAGCCGGGCUUCGCCCCGGCCCCCCCCGGCGCCGGCGCCGACGACGAGCCCCUCAAUCUGUACGGUUUCUUUAACCGCACUUGCCAUCGCCUGGAGGACAUGCUGCUCAGCUGCAGCUACCGGGGCGAGCGCUGCGGCCCCGGCGACUUCGCCGCGGUCUUCACGCGCUACGGCAAGUGCUACACCUUCAACUCGGGCCAGGACGGCAAGCCGCGGCUCAUCACCAUGAAGGGCGGCACCGGCAACGGGCUGGAGAUCAUGCUGGACAUCCAGCAGGACGAGUACCUGCCCGUGUGGGGCGAGACGGACGAGACCUCCUUCGAGGCCGGGAUCAAGGUGCAGAUCCACAGCCAGGACGAGCCGCCGCUCAUCGACCAGCUGGGCUUCGGCGUGGCGCCCGGCUUCCAGACCUUCGUGUCCUGCCAGGAGCAGCGGCUCAUCUACCUGCCGCCGCCCUGGGGCGACUGCAAGGCGGCGGCGGGCGACUCCGAGUUCUACGACACCUACAGCAUCACGGCCUGCCGCAUCGACUGCGAGACCCGCUACCUGGUGGAGAACUGCAACUGCCGCAUGGUGCACAUGCCCGGCGAUGCCCCUUAUUGCACCCCGGAGCAGUACAAGGAGUGCGCGGACCCGGCGCUAGAUUUCCUGGUGGAGAAGGACAGCGAGUACUGCAUCUGCGAGAUGCCCUGCAACGUCACCCGCUACGGCAAAGAGCUCUCCAUGGUGAAGAUCCCCAGCAAGGCCUCCGCCAAGUACCUGGCCAAGAAGUACAACAAGUCGGAGCAGUACAUCGGGGAGAACAUCCUGGUGCUGGACAUCUUCUUCGAGGCCCUGAACUACGAGACGAUCGAGCAGAAGAAGGCGUACGAGGUGGCCGGCUUGCUGGGGGACAUCGGAGGGCAGAUGGGGCUGUUCAUCGGCGCCAGCAUCCUCACGAUCCUGGAGCUCUUCGACUACGCCUACGAGGUGAUCAAGCACCGGCUCUGCCGGCGGGGAAAGUGCCGCAAGAACCACAAGAGGAGCAACACGGACAAGGGCGUCGCGCUGAGCAUGGACGACGUGAAGCGCCACAACCCCUGCGAGAGCAUCCGGGGCCACCCGGCAGGGAUGACGUACGCGGCCAACAUCCUACCUCACCACCCGGCCCGGGGCACCUUCGAGGACUUCACCUGCUGACCGCCGCCGGGACGCCCAGCCCGCGCCGCCGAAGCCGCGCGGAGAGCCGCCGGCCGCCGCCCAGGGACCCCUCGCUCCCCGCCGCGGCGCGACGCCCGCACGAGCCGC